AUCGGGAUCGGGAUCGGGAUCGGGAUCGGCGGGCGCGGCGCCUGGGCUCAUGAACCAUGGCCCAGGUGGAGAAAAGGGGAGGGCUGCUGCGGAAAUCCUCAGCGUCCAAGAAGCCGUUGAAAGAGAAGGUGGUGCUGAUGUAUGAUGAAAUCUUCACGACGGAGGACCCCAGCAAGUGCAGCCCCCGAUUCUGGGAGGAACUGUUCCUCAUGAAGGUGAACCUGGAGUAUCUGGAAAGCAAAUUAGAGUCUCUAGAUGGGGAGGAAUUAAUGAAGAUCAAGGAUAACAUCAACUCUCUGUUCCAACACUGCAUCCAGGCGCUGGGAGAGGAACACCCAAUUCGAGUUGUCAAUGCACUCCAGACCUUGUGCGCACUCAUUCGUGGAGUCCAUCAGAAGAACAAGUCCACUUCCGGGUUCGACAUCAUCAACAUGCUCAUGGGCUUUGACAAAGCGGAGCUGUGCAUGAAGAAUCUGAUGGAGAGUUUGGAUUCUCUGCUCUGCGCGGAAGGCUCUGAAAGCCUGAAAAGCUUGUGUCUGAAACUUCUCCUUUGCUUGGUAACUGUGACAGAUAACAUCAGUCAGAACACCAUUCUGGAGUACGUGAUGAUCAACAGCAUCUUUGAAGCUAUUUUACAGAUUCUCUCGAACCCCCCCAGUCGCAGGGAGCACGGUUACGAUGCGGUUGUCCUGCUGGCUCUGCUGGUGAACUACCGGAAGUAUGAGUCUGUGAACCCUUAUAUUGUGAAACUGUCGAUAGUGGAUGAUGAAGCCACCCUCAAUGGGAAGGGGCUUGUGAUUGCUCAAGCUUUGUCCGAGUAUAACAGGCAAUACAAAGACAAAGAAGAAGAACAUCAAAGUGGCUUUUUUUCAGCCUUCACCAAUAUGGUGGGCAGUAUGUUCAUAGCAGAUGCUGAUGAGAAAAUCUCAGUACAGACAAAUGAGGCCAUCCUUUUGGCUCUUUACGAAGCUGUUCACUUAAACAGGAACUUCAUCACAGUGUUAGCCCAGAGCCAUCCUGAAAUGGGCUUGGUGACAACCCCGAGCAGCCCUGUUCCCACCACACCUGUCACGCCUCUCGGGACCACACCUCCUUCUUCUGAUGUUAUAAGCUCCGUGGAACUCCCGCUGGAUGCAGAUGUGCAGACCAGUAACCUGCUGAUAACCUUCCUAAAGUACAGCUCGAUCGUCAUGCAGGACACAAAAGAUGAGCACCGACUGCACAGUGGCAAGCUUUGCCUGAUCAUUCUCACGUGCAUCGCAGAGGAUCAAUAUGCUAAUGCAUUUUUGCAUGACGACAACAUGAAUUUUCGAGUCAACCUACAUAGAAUGCCUAUGAGACAUAGGAAGAAAGCAGCUGACAAGAACCUCCCGUGCCGUCCUCUGGUGUGUGCAGUACUGGAUCUGAUGGUGGAGUUCAUCGUGACACACAUGAUGAAAGAGUUUCCCAUGGACCUUUAUGUGCGAUGUAUCCAAGUAGUGCACAAGCUGCUGUGCUACCAGAAGAAGUGCCGAGUUAGACUGCAUUAUACGUGGCGGGAACUCUGGUCAGCUUUGAUAAACUUGCUGAAGUUCCUCAUGUCCAACGAGACUGUGCUUUUGGCCAAACACAACAUUUUCACAUUAGCUCUUAUGGUAGUAAAUUUGUUCAACAUGUUCAUCACGUUUGGGGACACCUUUCUUCCCACCCCCAGCAGUUAUGAUGAGCUCUACUAUGAGAUUAUCCGGAUGCAUCAGAACUUCGACAACCUGUAUUCAAUGGUCCUGAGACUUUCCACCAACGCCGGCCAGUGGAAGGAGGCAGCUAGCAAGGUGACCCACGCCCUAGUCAAUAUUAGAGCCAUCAUCAACCAUUUUAACCCCAAGAUUGAGUCUUAUGCAGCUGUGAAUCAUAUAUCCCAACUCUCCGAAGAGCAGGUUCUGGAAGUGGUCCGGGCCAACUAUGACACACUGACCCUGAAACUUCAGGACGGGCUGGACCAGUACGAGCGCUACUCGGAGCAGCACAAGGAGGCCGCUUUCUUCAAAGAGCUGGUCCGGUCCAUCAGCAUUAAUGUGCGCAGGAACCUGGCCUUCAAUACUUUAAGCCAGGAGGUCCUACUGAAGGAAUUCUCCACCAUCUCCUGAAGCCGCAUCUCCCGAUCACGGACACAAACCCUCAUGCUGUGCUCAAUCUACAUUCUUGGAACUGACCCCACCCUCCUUCCUGGAAGCACCUUGGGCUGGGGCUGGGGGGCAGGCAGGGCCUUCCUGGAGGACAGCCCGAGAAUGGAAGGACACACGGACACACACAUUUUCCUCCAGGCAAAGUGGACUUGCAUUGAACGUGGUGGGUGGGGGGGGCAUUAGUUUCACUAGUUUGAGGGGGGCGUAGAGCAGAGGGGCUCUGGGGAGGUGGGGUGGCUUGCUAUAGAAGGCUUGAAUCAUAGUUCUCAGAGCAGGAACUGCUGGGAUUUUUACUUUGUUUUUGCUCAUGUGAGCCUGUCCAGGCAGUGACAGGUGACUGAAAUGGGGGAGACAUUCUGCGCAGGGCAACUUUCCCCUUGGCCUUCCACCAGCCGAAUCCCCACACAGGGCAAUGGUGGUCCCCUCCCAAAGCCAGGAACAGCAGCCAGAGAGACUCUUGGACCUGGCUCUCCUGAUGUUCUCCUGCUGAAAGGGUCACUGGGGAGAAGGAAGCGAGGGACUAGCCCCCAACUUAAGUGGUGCCAGUGGCCAGAACGGCAGGGAGGGAGUCGGUGUCAUUUCUGCCCGCUGCUGGGGCACCACUGGCUUCUCUCUGGGGUGCAGCCUCCCAAAGUUCCCAGGUCAAGGAGGGUCACCAGAGCAUGAAAUUCAGCUGAAAGUGCCUCUCCCCAUCCCCCAGCCAGACUCCUGCCCCAAAGUGCGAUUCAUCUACUAUUUUCCUUCCUGCUUCUUUUAAAAAUAUCUCUUUUAAAGCCAGUCUGGAAGCUGUGAAUAUGAAAUAAACAUUGACAGAUUUCCUGGAGCCAUCUAGGUGCCAUCCACGUCUCUCUCCACACCCUCUAGUCCUGCCCCUCACCCCCUGACCCGCUCAGGCUCCAGGCCCUGGCACCUGCCUCCCCUGAGGGCAGAGCCCCUCCUGCCAGCCUAGACUCAGGACCCAAACUCCUGCUGGGGUUUUUUUUGUCCCUUCAACUCCCCACGGCAGCGCCUUCUGUGCCAGUGAACGGGCCAGGUUUUCACUCCCACACCCAUCUGCUCUCUGCAUCCAGCUUGGGUGAGAUUUGCCCCCAGGAGCAGUGAGGCCGAUGGGGUGUGAGGGGUGCGCGGCAGCGGCAGGGAGCAGUUGGGGCCGGGAGCCCCUGGAACUUGCACUCAGCUGGAUCUAAUGGUCCAGUACCACGGUGGCUGGAAAGACUCAUCCGGAAGGGGCUGCCCCUCCUGCUCGUCGGUUCUCAGCUGCUCUUGGGAGCACAUCGGGAGUGCAGCGCUGUCCUUGAAAGUGCUCAGUCUGCACUGAGAGACCCCUGCCCGACCCUGGGGCCUGGGCCACCACCCUGAGCCUUCCGUUCUGCCUCUGCUCUUCGGGUGGGGAUAGCAAUGCUACUCAAGCUGCCUGGCUCCCAGAAUCUGGGUGGGCUGCAGGCCUGACCUGGGCAGCUGCGGGCGAGGAGUAAAAUGGGAGGGCAGCAGCAUUCAGGAGAGCGGCAGCAUUCAGGAGAGCUGGGGCUUGGAAUCCCCUCACCCCUCUCUUUGCCUCAGUGCAGUUCUGCUCCCCCCACCAACACCCCGUUAGUGCAGCUGAGAGGCCAAGGGCCCCCAGGGUCCCCCUUUGAUCCUGGGACCAUCCUUUCCUCAGGGAAGGAUGGGGGUCUUCUCUGCUGCUGAACUUGGACUUCUCCCUCUCUGCUGCCAUCACCUAUCACCUGUCCAUCAGCUGUGGCCCACAACUCCAGUCGUGCCUCCCAUUAUAUCCCCGGGGCGAUGCGGAGACCUGGCCUCAGAGGACGCAAGCCUCCCUUCCUCCACCUUGCUUUUCCUCCCCUCCUCAGACAGGGCAGCCACCUUGUCUGGGAGCUUGGUCCUUGAGAGCACUGGAGACUGGAAUGAAAUGGAAGAGCAGAAGCGUGGCAGGGUGGGUCAUUGGAUUUGGCCUUUUCCAGAGCUGGGGAAGGGGACAUCCUAAAUGCCUGGUAAGGGACCAUUCCCCACCCCCAAUACACACACACACACACACACACCACCACGCCCCCCCCUUUCCCCCCCACCCCCUUUUCACUCCCCACCAACAUCACCCCCCUCUCAGCCCCAGCACUACCCCUCCUGGUCCCAUGAGGCAAGUAGGAUUUGGGCCUGGCCAUGGGGCAGAUUUUGCCCAUCUAACCAGAAAUAGAUCAAAUUAAUAGUAUUUAUUGAGCACUUACUGUGUGCAGAGCACUGAAUUUAGCGUACAAGGACGUUCCCUGUGUCUCUGCCAGUCUCCCAGGCAGUGCUAAGGGCUGUCACUCAGACCGGGCCUCUGCAGGGAGCCGGCGGCGGGGGAGUCUGCAAUCAGGAUGGCCCCUUUGUGGAGUGGGAGUGGGUUGCCAGUUUUAACUAGGAUGUGGGGGAGGACAAGUCAUUUCAAGAAUAACUAUCAAAUCCUGUAGGGGAGAGUUUGACCCUAUGGUGAAUGUCUGGAGUUAUUAAAAAUUGAUUUUUAUGGGA